GUAGAAGAAGAAGACAGCAUAAGGAAGCUGCCACGAUGGAUGACGACGCUGUCAAGAGCAAACACACGCACCAAAGAAGACUGAAGCACACCAGGAGAAAAUCUUCGACGAAGUCUCGUGGAGCCCCUCAAACAACCGACCCAAGUGUCGCCCUGUCGACCGGUGUCGCCACCCUAUCUACACAGGCAUAUCCGUCAUUGGAGAGUGGCAACGUUAGAGAGGCCGACACGGGAGUCCUUACUGCGGGCCCACUGACGUCCAGGAUACAACCACAGGAGGAGGCAUUGCAGACCAAGGGAGCCGCAGACAAGAGCCACAGCGAGCGCCACGGCCACCACCAACGAUCAAAGCGCCACCGGCACCCCGAGCCCGAGAACCAGCAGGAACAGCGGCAGGAAAAGCAGCAGGAACGCCAGCAGGAACGGCAGCAGCCACAACCGCCCGACGAUUUGAACCGCGCACCGACGCCCUUGCCGGUCGAGAACUCGUCGGGUCUACCUGCAGGUCCAUGGGUGCCCUUGCCAGCCGGCUCCUCCCCCCUGGACAUGGGUCACUUGCAGCUGGCGCUGCUCUCGACCAUCACGAUAGUGAUGACCGCGCUGAUCGGGGCCGCGUUCCUGGCCUCGGUGACCACGAUCGGCUCAGCGGGGCGGCGCUGCGUGACCGCCGCCUGCGACCGCCAUCGCGCCCUGCUCGCCGAGUGCCUCAACGCGUCGGUGCCUCCGUGCCGAGACUUCUACGGACACGUCUGUUCGCGGUGGGACGCCGCCAGGGACGGCCCACUCGCCGCCACCGUUCAACAGCAGUUCAUGACCAAGGUGGCAACGAGAGCACUCCAUCUAAGCGUGCCGCCGAAAGGGCAGACGGUCGUGGAAAAAGCCGCCGGGCUGUACCAGUCCUGCGCGCGCGUCUACAUUCACAACGCGAGCCAAGCGACCGAGGCGCGAGAUCUGCUGCUCAGCUUCGGGGUCCACUGGCCCCGGCUCAGCAACGCAUCGCGUCUUCUACCCAUAUUCCUCUCGAUGUCGGCCGGCUGGAGUUGGGCCAGUGUGCUGGAGUUCGUAGCGACACGCCGAGGACACAUGACCGUGCGGCCGUCGUCGUUCUAUGCGUCGCUGCUGCGACAGAGACAACUGAUGCUUGAAAGCGAAGCCAAACAGAGCCCCUACAAACAGUACUACGACGCUAUGGUGGCCGCAUUCCAACAAGACGCUGCCGAGACGCCCUCCUACGACGAGCUGACGGAGUUCGAGAAGAAAAUAGUGCCCAACCUGACCGCCGCGCUCUCUGUUCCGUACUCUAACCCACUGGAGAAUAUCACCUCGGCGACCGCGGCCAGCUUGUCAUUCGAUGUCGUCACCGCGAGCGAGUGGGAAAAGCUGCUCGGGGCCGCGUUCAACACUUCCGAACUCGGCCCGUUCACUUUCACCAUCGAGACCUACGAAUUCUUCGAGCACUUCUUCAGGCUGGUGACGUCCCAGAGCGAGAGUGCCAUGGCUUACUACGUCGGCUGGGCCGUCGCGCAAGCGCUCUCGCUGCUCGCGAGUCGGCAGCUGACCGCGCUUUACUUCAUGGGCGACACGUGGGCAGGUAGAGGCCACAUGCUCUUCUGCGCGGACGUCGCGCAUAGAUACGUCGGCGUCGCACUGGUCGUGGAACAUCUCCGACACGAGGUGACCGAGGACGUGCUCGCCGACGUCCUGAGCGUGGAGUCCGCCGUGCAGGCGAAUUUUCGAGAGCGACUGGCCGACUCCACGUGGGCCAGCGUGGUGCCGAAGAACGUGCUCGAGGACGAAUGGCUGGAGCAGUCUCUGGAAAUGGUGAAGGUGAACGAGGCCGACACGUUAGGCGAUAUGGACCAGCACUUUCCGGACAUGGGGGAGAACGUCUUCGAGAACAUACGUCUGGCCACCGAGCACAGGCGGUCAGUUAAAGGUAACACGAGUGCGGUUCACUUCGUGGACACCGUCAACGGGCGCAUCUCCACCUAUGACCGUGGGCGAUUCAUGUUGCUUCCCGUGGCCCUAGAAAUGCCGUUCUACGGCGUCGACACGAUAGCAGCGGCGAAGUACGGUAUCCUCGGAAACGAAGUGGCGUAUGCUUUAUCAUCCGUGAUCCUGGACAACGUGAGAACGUACGACAGCAGGCUCCAGUUGACCUUCACCCACAAGCUGGCUUGUUUCUUCAACAGGCAGGUGCUCCUCAGCCAUAUCGCACCACACCAAAUGCACCUCAUCAAGGGGGUGACGUCGGUACGGACGCUGCUGAGGGCGCUGGUCAAUGCGAGCAGCAACGGGAGACCGACCAGGCUACACGGCUACGAGGCGCUGACGGACGCGCAGAUGCUCCUGAUAUUCUGGUGCAUCGUACACUGCGGCAGCCGCGACGGCAGGCGCAUGUGCAACGGCCCGCUCGCCGUGGUCCAAGAGUUCGCGGAGGCCUUUCACUGCGAGCAUGGUGCAGCGAUGCGGAGUGGUAGGAACUGCGCGGUGAUUUGAACGAAACUCCCGGGCAAAAGCAAUUUGUUCGCUGACCGACGACCACGGCACGAGAGUCCGCAGAACCAUAUGACACAAUUGAACAAUGUCUUCCGCUUGUGACAAACAAACUAGCCGCGAUACUUGAUUUUUAACUCGACUCCGCACUGUGUAGUUCUUUCUCGAUUAGUAUUCUCGUAAUUUAUUGCCUCGAUGUAUGCGCGCUGUCGAAAUGGUGUCGAAAAAGAUUACGGUGUGCUUUCUGUUUGUGCUACUGUGAAUUUUCAAGUUUGUUCUCACCUUCCACUUCGACGCGCUUCCGUACAAUGUGUGUUAUGCAGGCAUGUGCUGGCCGUCAAAUGCAGAUCGCUCCGUACUGACGUUUCGCUUUUGCGUACGCACAUACACGAAUAUCACGCAUGUAAUCGUGGGACGACUUCGAGAGACCGCAGUUCGUAGCGACCCGGCAUUGCCUUGAAGCGCUUCGUUAUAUCCGAAAUAACUCUUCUCGGAGCAGCUCCCACCUUGCUACGGGAGAUUCGACAUUGCAGUGUCCUUGUCGUGGUCCGGUUCAAGUUUGCCACUGCAGCAAGCAUCUCCUGACGUUUGCAGGGUGCCUUCGCACUUGCUACAUUUCCGAACUCUGACAGGAACGGUGCCUGCGUACGCGUCAGUGAAAAACUUACGCGGAAUUUGUAUGCGUAGGCAUUUCUCUUAGCCACGUGCGUAUUUUUUUUUUUAUUCAAGCUUGACAAUGGUACGGUGGGUGCGAAACUGCACAGGACCAGUUUUGUGUAUUGACCCUAGGGAACAAGCCCCGCUUGAGAUUAUAAAAGUUAGCGACGACAUGAAUCUGUUGCCUGCUUUCGUUGAGCUCACUGAUGGUCCCGAACUCGGGAACGUUGAG